AUGAAGGAGAGCCUCAGGGAGUCGUCACAAAGUCUCCUUGGUGGUCAAGACAACCUCCUGUUAUCAUACCCUGGUGGUCAAGACAACUUCCUGUUAUCAUACCCUGGUGGUCAAGACAACCUCCUGUUAUCAUACCCUGGUGGUCAAGACAACCUCCUGUUAUCAUACCCUGGUGGUCAAGACAACUUCCUGUUAUCAUACCCUGGUGGUCAAGACAACCUCCUGUUAUCAUACCCUGGUGGUCAAGACAACCUCCUGUUAUCAUACCCUGGUGGUCAAGACAACCUCCUGUUAUCAUACCCUGGUGGUCAAGACAACCUCCUGUUAUCAUACCCUGGUGAACUAUACGACGAGCAGCACCUCCUGGGCCGGACACGAAGACCAGCACCUCCUGGGCCGGACACGAGACCAGCACCUCCUGGGCCGGACACGAAGACCAGCACCUCCUCGGCCGGACACAGACCAGCACCUCCUGGGCCGGACACGAAGACCAGCACCUGGGCCGGACACGAAGACCAGCACCUCCUGGGCCGGACACGAAGACCAGCACCUCCUGGGCCGGACGAGACCAGCACCUCCUGGGCCGGACACGAGACCAGCACCUCCUGGGCCGGACACGAGACCAGCACCUCCUGGGCCGGACACGAGACCAGCACCUCCUGGGCCGGACACCGAGACCAGCACCUCCUCGGCCGGACACGAAGACCAGCACCUCCUCGGCCGGACACGAGACCAGCACCUCCUGGGCCGGACACGAGACCAGCACCUCCUCGGCCGGACACGAGACAGCACCUCCUGGGCCGGACGAGACCAGCACCUCCUGGGCCGGACACGAGACCAGCACCUCCUGGGCCGGACACAGACCAGCACCUCCUGGGCCGGACACGAAGACCAGCACCUCCUGGGCCGGACACGAAGACCAGCACCUCCUGGGCCGGACACGAAGACCAGCACCUCCUCGGCUGGACACGAAGACCAACCUCCUCGGCCGGACGCAGAGCCAGCACCUCCUGGGCCGGACACGAAGACCAGCACCUCCUCGGCCGGACACGAAGACCGCACCUCCUCGGCCGGACACGAGACCAGCACCUCCUGGGCCGGACACGAAAACCAGCACCUCCUCGGCCGGACACGAGACCAGCACCUCCUGGGCCGGACACGAAGACCAGCACCUCCUGGGCGGACACAAAGACCAGCACCUCCUCGGCCGGACACGAAGACCAGCACCUCCUCGGCGGACACGAGACCAGCACCUCCUCGGCCGGACACGAAGACCAGUACCUCCUCGGCGGACACGAGACCAGCACCUCCUGGGCCGGACACGAACCAGCACCUCCUCGGCCGGACACGAACCAGCACCCUGGGCCGGACACGAAGACCAGCACCUCCUGGGCCGGGCACGAGACCAACUUCUCGGCCGGACACGAACAGCACCUCCUCGGCCGGACACCAAGACCAGCACCUCCUCGGCCGGACGAAGACCAGCACCUCCUCGGCGGACCGAAGACCAGCACCUCCUGGGCCGGACACGAGACCAGCACCUCCUGGGCCGGACACGAAGACCAGCACCUCCUGGGCCGGACACAAGACCAGCACCUCCGGGGCUGGACACAGGACCAGCACCUCCUGGGCCGGACACAAGACCAGCACCUCCUGGGCCGGACACGAAGACCAGCACCUCCUGGGCCGGACACAAGACCAGCACCUCCUGGGCCCAAAGACCAGCACCGGGGCCGGACACAGACCAGCACCUCCUGGACGGACACAAGACCACCCUCCUGGGCGGCACGAAGACCAGCACCUCCUGGGCCGGACACAAAGACCAGCACCUCCUGGGCGGACACAAGACCAGCACCUCUGGGCCGGACACGAAGACCAGUACCUCCGGGGCCGGACACAAAGACCAGCACCUCCUGGCGGACACAAGACCAGCACCUCGUGGCCGGACACAAGACCAGCACCUCCUGGGCCGGACACGAGACCAGCACCUCCUGGGCCGGACACAAGACCAGCACCUCCUCGGCCGGACGAAGACCAGCACCUCCUCGGCCGGACACGAGACCAGCACCUCCUGGGCCGACACGAGACCAGCACCCUGGGCCGGACACGAGACCAGCACCUCCUGGGCCCGGACACGAAGACCAGCACCUCCUGGGCGGACACGAAAACCAGCACCUCCUGGGCGGACACAGCCAGCACCUCCUGGGCCGGACACGAGACCAGCACUUCCUGGGCCGGACACGAAGACCAGCACCUCCUGGGCCGGACACGAAGACCAGCACCUCCUCGGCCGGACACGAAGACCAGCACCUCCUCGGCCGGACACGAAGACCAGCACCUCCUGGGCCGGACACGAGACCAGCACCUCCUCGGCCGGACACGAGACCAGCACCUCCUGGGCCGGACACGGAGACCAGCACCUCCUGGGCCGGACACGAGACCAGCACCUCCUGGGCCGGACACGAGACCAGCACCUCCUGGGCCGGACACCGGACCAGCACCUCCUCGGCCGGACACGAGACCAGCACCUCCUCGGCCGGACACGAGACCAGCACCUCCUGGGCCGGACACGAAGACCAGCACCUCCUCGGCCGGACACGAAGACCAGCACCUCGCUGGGCCCGAAGACCAGCACCUCCUGGGCCGGACACAAAACCAGCACCUCCUCGGCCGGACACGAAGACCAGCACCUCCUGGGCCGGACACGAAGACCAGCACCUCCUGGGCCGGACACAAAGACCAGCACCUCCUCGGCCGGACACGAGACCAGCACCUCCUCGGCCGGACACGAAGACCAGCACCUCCUCGGCCGGACACGAAGACCAGCACCUCCUGGGCCGGACACGAGACCAGCACCUCCUGGGCCGGACACGAGACCAGCACCUCCUCGGCCGGACACGAACACCAGCACCUCCUGGGCCGGACACGAAGACCAGCACCUCCUGGGCCGGACACGAGACCAGCACCUCCUCGGCCGGACACGAGACCAGCACCUCCUCGGCCGGACACGAGACCAGCACCUCCUCGGCCGGACACGAGACCAGCACCUCCUCGGCCGGACACGAGACCAGCACCUCCUGGGCGGACACGAACCAGCACCUCCUGGGCCGGACACGAGACCAGCACCUCCUGGGCCGGACACAAGACCAGCACCUCGGGGCCGGACACGAAGAGCCACCUCCUGGGCCGGACACAAAGACCAGCACCUCCUGGGCCGGACACAGACCAGCACCUCCUGGGCCGGACACAAAGACCAGCACCUCCUGGGCCGGACACAAGACCAGCACCUCCGGGGCCGGACAGGAAGACCAGCACCUCCUGGACCGGACACAAAGACCAGCACCUCGGGCGGACACGAAGACCAGCACCUCCUGGGCCGGACACAAAGACCAGCACCUCCUGGGCCGGACACAAGACCAGCCUCCUGGGCCGGACACGAGACCAGUACCUCCGGGCCGGACACAAAGACCAGCACCUCCUGGGCCGGACACGAAGACCAGUACCCUCCGGGGCCGGACACAAGACCAGCACCUCCUGGCCCGGACACAAGACCAGCACCUCCUGGGCCGGACACAAAGACCAGCACCUCCGGGGCCGGACACGAACCAGCACCUCCUGGGCCGGACACAAAGACCAGCACCUCCGGGCCGGACACGAAGACCAGCACCUCCUGGGCCGGACACGAAGACCAGCACCUCCUGGGCUGGACACAAAGACCAGCACCUCCUGGGCCGGACACGAGGACCAGCACCUCCUGGCCGGACACAAAGACCAGCACCUCCUGGGCCGGACACGAAGACCAGCACCUCCUCGGCGGACACAAAGACCAGCACCUCCUGGGCCGGACACGAAGACCAGCACCUCCUCGGCCGGACACAAAGACCAGCACCUCCUGGGCCGGACACAAAGACCAGCACCUCCUCGGCGGACACGAAGACCAGCACCUCCUGGGCCGGACACCAAGACCAGCACCUCCUCGGCCGGACACAAAGACCAGCACCUCCUGGGCCGGACACAAAGACCAGCACCUCCUGGGCCGGACACAAGACCAGCACCUCCUCGGCCGGACACAAAGACCAGCACCUCCUCGGCCGGAACACAAAGACCAGCACCUCCUCCUGGGCCGGACACAGACCAGCACCUCCUGGAGGACGAAGACCAGCACUCCGGGGCCGGACACGAGACCAGCACCUCCUGGGCCGGGCACGAACCAGCACCUCCUGGGCCGGACACGAGACCAGCACCUCCUGGGGCAGACGGACCAGCACCUCCUGGGCCGGACACGAAGACCAGCACCUCCUGGGCAGGCUGGUGACCCCUGAGGUGACUCGUUGUAUUAUAAGGCAGGAAGGGACGUGUUUCAUCCAGCUUCGUCACGGCCCUCACGAACCUGCUGACGGACUGCCGACACUCUUAACAUUAGUCGAGUUUAUCGUACAAGUUGAACCGUUGACGACUUUGGGAGAGCUCCACCAACUUCACCAAGCCAUCAACUUCACCAAGCCAUCAACUUCACCAAGCCACCAACUUCACCAAGCCAUCAACUUCACCAAGCCACCAACUUCACCAAGCCAUCAACUUCACCAAGCCAUCAACUUCAUCAAGCCAUCAACUUCAUCAAGCCAUCAACUUCACCAAGCCAUCAACUUCACCAAGCCAUCAACUUCACCAAGCCACCAACUUCACCAAACCACCAACUUCACCAAGCCACCAACUUCACCAAGCCACCAACUUCACCAAGCCAUCAACUUCACCAAACCAUCAACUUCACCAAGCCAUCAACUUCACCAAGCCAUCAACUUCACCAAGCCAACAACUUCACCAAACCAUCAACUUCACCAAACCAUCAACUUCACCAACCCAUCAACUUCACCAAGCCAACAACUUCACCAAGCUUCAUCAACUUCACCAAGCCAUCAACUUCACCAAACCAUCAACUUCACCAAGCCAUCAACUUCACAAGCCAUCAACUUCACCCAACAACUUCACCAAGCCAACAACUUCACCAAGCCAUCAACAAUUCAGCCAUCACCACUUCACCAAGCCAUCAACUUCACCAAGCCAUCAGCCAUUCACCAAGCCAUCAACUUCACCAAAACAUCAACUUCACCAAACCAUCACCUUCACCAAGCCAACAACUUCACUAAGCCAUCAACUUCACCAAGCCAUCAACUUCACCAAGCCAUCAACUUUACCAAGCCAUCAACUUCACCAAGCCACCAACUUCACCAAGCCAUCAACUUCACCAAGCCACCAACUUCACCAAGCCAUCAACUUCACCAAGCCAACAACUUCACCAACACAAUCCCAACGCUUCAUUACAACCCGGAUCAGGACAACCAUUACAUCAGGGUCAGUGAACGCCUACAGAUAAAGUCCUUCCCUCGCUAA